CGUGCAACUCUCUCUCUCUCUCUCUCUCUCUCUCUCUAUAGACAUACACACGGUGGAAAGGAAAGUUGGAGAGAAGAAAGAAGAAAGAAAAAAGAAAAGGUUGCUGCCAGAGACAAUUAAAGCCACUGCUGGUUCCACCUCUUUUCAUCUUUCAUCAUCUCUCUCGGCUUCAGCUUGCAAGAAAGAAUACAAGAACCGCUCGUUUCCACGAUGAAGAUCGCAGCGUUCGUCACAUUCCUCUGCUUCUUCUUCUUCUUCUUCUUCUCUGUUUUCUGCAAAGUGGGUUACUGUUCGACGGUGCUCGUGGAUGGAGUUUCGGAGUGGAAGAACCCGACUGUUCAUGUUGGAGAUGCCAUCAUUUUCAGACACAAGUAUCAAUACGACCUCUACAUUUUCCAGAACCAACGAGCCUUCACUCUCUGCGACUUCACUCAAGCGACUCUUCUUACAAAGCCGGGCUCUAACACAUUCACGUGGCACCCAUCACGCCCUGGCUAUUUCUACUUCACCUUCAACAAUGGCUCUCUCAAUGCGUGCCAAGACACCCAAAAGUUUCCCGUUAAGGUCUCUUCCGAAGCACCGCCACCAUCCCCAGAGAGUGUAAUCAUCCCGUCAGAAUCACCUCCAGUGCAGGCCCCGGCCCCGACCACGGGAGGGACUGUGUCAUCCUCGCCGACGUUUCCAUGGCCAUACCGCCCUCACGAGAAGCUCUCGCCGGGACCUGCACCAGCCGCAAGCUCGUUGCCGGACAAAGGCGGGAUUCCCUUUAUUAAUAGCAAUCCUGCAGUUCCUCUGCCUACAGGAGAAGUGGACUCUGCCACAAUAAGGCCUCUGUCUCAGGCAGAUCACGGAAAACAGGAGGUGGUGGGGUUGCUUCAACUACAAAUGGCUCUACUGUGUGCAAUGUUCUUGAUGCUGUGACCACAAAAAUUGAGCUAAAAAGAGGGGAAAAAAAAGGAAUUUAGGAGGCAACUACAGCUAGUGUGUAAAGAAUGUGAGUAGGCUAAUGAGUGGGAGGUUAUUUGGGGUCCUUAAAAGUAGCUUUAGAGAAUAUAAUUAGACCAUGUAAUAUGAUGAUGCUUCUUGCCUUGACCCUACUUUGGAAUCAUUGGCAAGCUUUGGCCUUUAGUUUUGCUGUGUAAUCAAUUGCUCCCUCUUCUCUUUUUUCAA